GCAACACUGUAGGAUCGAUGGCCUUGAAGGUGUCCGAGACGCAUAUCGUCUCUUUUCCUCUUGUUAUCUUUAUUCAGUGUGCGCUUGUGCACGUGUUCGUACCCCAGGUGCACACCUCAUUUAUUGGUAGUGUGCCUGUGUUCGUGUGUUAUAAAGAUGCGUAAGUUACGCCAUGUGUUACAAGAGAAGCAAAGAAUGUUGCGACCCCCAGGAGUGACGAGAGUCUCGGACUGUCAGUAACGGGUGACACAGCGCGCCCAAACAAACCAGCGGAAUUGCUCGUACUAAUUUUCAAGUUUUAAUGGCUAAUACACGUUACUAGAAGUUGAUUUCGACACGGCGUCCACAGAGCAAGCCUUAAACAGGAGAGGAGAGCGCCAAAUAGUAUAACAAAUUGCUGCUCUGGUGUCACUGAGAGGACUGCUUGCCACAUACUACUCCUGAGAUCACUCAGCUAACUGAUUCCAAUAGAUGGUUUAACCCAGGCUGCUCCAUGAACAAUAGAAACCAUCAGGGGGGUGUCACAUGUCCAUGGUGACACUCCCCUGGAUUUUCUACAAUAAGAGGGCUUCUGUGUACUCCAUUUCCAAGUGAUAAUACAAGUCAUAUUUAGAAUAUUCUUAAACAAUGGACAACACAAAGGUUAUGCCUGGCACUUCUGCAGGAGGAGGAGGAGGAGGAGGAGGAGGAGGAGGAGGACCUUCUGCUAUAAGUGUUGUUGUCACAACUGUUAAAACUCCUACCUCCAUAACUGCUUCGGAAUCCACCGCCAGUUGUGAUACUGCUAGACGGCGGGUCUCUCCGAUCAAACUAGUGGGUGUAGGGGGUCUAGAACGUCAGAAUUAUUGCUGUGGUCAUUGGUUUCCUUCAUCAAAGAGCUACCACCGUCAUCUAGCUGAAAAAGCCCUCGUAGAUCUUACUCACGAAAUGAGACUAAUAGAGUUGGGGAUGUUGAGGUGUUCACAUUGCUCAAUUUGGGUACAUGUAGACAGCAUGAAUGGUCACUUAAGAAAGAGUCAUGGCAUUAUUAAAGUCAAUAAAACUUCCUCCAAAUUUAUAAAUAGUGGAGUAAAUGAAAUUUCUGGAAUAAAUAGGGACACACUAAAAUCAGGAACCAAUUUUGUGAUAAAAGUUAGUGGAAAGUCUGCUGUCAAGUCUUCAAAUGGAGACAUUUCCUGUUCUAAUGCAAGCAGUAUUGCAAAUUCCAGUACAGUGAGGUUGGUUACAACAUCUAGUGGUAGCCUGUACCACAAAGUACACCAACUUCAACACUCUGGUGCCAGUGGUAUGAGUAAUGUUAUAGUGCAGAAAUCUCUUCAAAGCCAAUUACCAAUGAUCACCAGGGGACCACGAAUUGUUAUGAAACCAUUGGAAAGAAGAAAUGUUAUACCUGUAAGCAGUUCAAGCAAGGUGCUUACUCUUCCUGAGUGUUCCCAAACAAUACCAGCAGCAAGAAAUGUAAAUGGCAUAACUACUGUGCAGAUUAGUGGAGGAAGUAUAGUACCUUCUAGUAGCACAAGCAACAAUAAACUGCAAACCAGUAUUGUUAAACCACAAGAAAACAUAUUAAAUGUCAAUGGACAGAGCUUCAAGCUAAUAAAAAAGAUAGCUACUGUUAAGUCAAAAAUUAAAACAUCUGAUUCUCAGCCUGCAGUUACCAGACCAACCAAUGAGUUACCAGUAAGUACGAAAGCCAGAGAUAAGGGAAGAUCAUCAAUUGGAGAAACGCUAGCACUAAAAUCUUCACAGGUCCGAAAAAGUCGCAAACAGGUACUGAAGCCCAGUGUAUCUGAUGUGACCUAUACUUCAGAAGCUUCAUCUCUGUCUAUUAAUGGGAAGAUGAAGAAACGAGGAAAAAAGAAUUCAGAUGAACCAGAAUUAUUAAAUGCUGAAAAAUCUCGUAGUGAAAGUUCUAUAAAUCACAGAGGAUGCCGAAGAAGAGUAAAAGAAACCGUCGAUUCAGAAAAUUAUACUCCUAAGAUAACCAGACAGACCUCAAAAGGUCUUAAAGGAGGGUGGAAGAAAAGAAAGAGGGGACCAGGUCGACCUCGAAAAGUACAUCUAGAUGAAACCCCUGACCUUUCUGAGUUAGAGUCUCUUUUUGAUGAUGGUAAUAAGGAAGACUUAGAAAAUGAACCUAUUUUAAUGACCAAGGAGGAAGAUAAUGUCCCUACUGUUGAGCUUGAUCUUUUUACUCUUCCCUCUCUCAAUGAACAGGUGUCUGUAUUACUAACUGAACCACAGAACCCCAAUUUUAAGGUAUAUGCGAGUAUGGAUGCCAUCUUUGUUGGGGAUUCUGCGCUAGGAGAUGUUACAAACCAAAUAGGUUAUGUAACGGAUGCUAACAAUGUUGUUUACGUUAAUCCAGGUCACUUUCUCUUUCCCAAUGUUGAAGACCUGGAAAACUUUAUACCAAGCCCAAUAUUGACAAUGAAAGGUAACAAGGUUGGUUUUACCCCUGUAAGACAGAUAUGGAAACUUAAUUCAAGCAAAGUUAGUACUCCAGUUGUUUUAAGAGACAAUAAAUUCUUAAGUUCAAGCACCUCUAAAGAAUCUUCUAGUUGUGAUGUUAACAAUGAGAAGGUGAAUAUAGAAGGCAAAGAAUCUCAAGUUCCUGUUGCUAAUGUUUCUGUGAAACAAAUGGGGAAUGAGAAGUUGCUGAAGAACAAUGCUGAGGUUAGUCACACAGAAAAUAUAUUACAUGUAAAGCCAACCAGAGAAGCAAGUCAAGAUGUUGGAAAUACAAAGUCUAACAACCUGAAGGAUACAAGUGUGGAUGAAACUCUGUUCCCUGGUGGUGAAGAGAGUGCAGCAAAGACUACGAAAUCUGCAAACAGUCGUAAGCGAAGCAGCUCAAGAAGACAGAGUAACAAUCAGAGUGAUGAUAAAGAGGAGGAUAAAGAUAUAUUGAAUGCCAAUGAAAGAAUUCUUGUAAAAUCAUCUAUGGAUGGUAUUAGUGUAUCAGAGCCUGAAAAUAUUGAAAGCAUUUCUACAGGUAGCAACAUGAGAAUGCAAAGUAUCAAGCAAUUAAAUGAUGAGGAAGACAAUACACUGAAUGCUGAUGAAAUAAUUUCUACAAAAUCAUCAAAAGAUGACACCAGGGAAGAAAGUGCAAUAGAGGCUGCAGUAUCUGCAAGCACUUAUGAAGGAAGUAACAUAACAAAGCAGAAUAACAAUCAGAUGAGUGAUGAGAAAGAAGAUAUAUUGAAUGCCAAGGAAAGAAUUCCUGUAAUAUCAUCGAAAGAUGAUGUUUCUUUAACGUGUAGAAGUUUGGAUGGAUCAGAUAAAGAUACUGUAGACAUUCAUCAGACAGAAAUGCAGAGUAAUUUGAUUGUUAAUCAAGAAGUACAAUUAGAGGAUCAGAAGUCUCCAGUAGAGUUACGGGAGACAUCAGUCCUUGAAUCAGACACAAGAAUUUUGAAGUCACCCACAAUAUCAGACAUAGAGCAGCUAACUACCAAGAAGGAAGAGGUGGACGUUCCAGAUUUGGCAACUUCAAGUAAGUUAAUUUUGGGAUCCAGUUUAGAAUCAGAGCAGAGUACAUGCUCACUUGCCCCCGAUCCAGGAACUGCAUUAAUUGAUGCUCAAGAAGAAAUGGCUGAGGAUUCAGGAUCACCUUCAAAAUCAGAUACUAAACCAUUGAAUUCACCGAGAAACAGUGUAAGCAGAGAUGUUAGUGUAAGUGAAAUGAUAGAUAAUACAGCAGAAAUAGCAUUAGCCCAGCCACUUCAGCCUGAGACCAAAAAAGUCAGCUGUGUAAAGUAUGGAAACUUAUCUAGGAGGAGGAGGAGACGAUCAAGAACAAAAUCUGCAGACAUUGUAAGUCGGUUCACAUAUGCUAAUCAGAAUGAUGUUGAAACUGGUGGUAAUGAAGGUCAUGUUAUAUAUCAGCCAAGAAGAAAAACUAGACAGCUAAGUGAGAGUUCAGCUGUUUUGAAAGAAACCAGGCCUAAAGAAGGGGAGAAAGUUAAAAUUUCUGAUUUAACAUUCAGGUUAACAGUGGAGGAUUUACCUCGAAGACUGAACCCUUGGAGUGAAAAUGUAGGCAAAGUAGAAAGUGACAGUUGUGUUGAGCAGAUGCCUUAUCCAUUAACACCCAGUAAUGUAAAAACAUUACCUUCCAGCACAGAGUUCAAAAAAAUUCAAAGCAGUUCACUUGAAAAGGUGAGUAAGUGUUCACUAAAAAGAAUAGAUAACAGAGAAGCUCCUGUUAGUAAUCAUAAUGAAUCUGAUAACAAGACUCCAGUGAGAAUAAGCAGACAGAGAAGAAGAAGCAGUAAACUACUUGAAUCUUUAGGCAUUGAGCCACUGAAAACUGAACACAACACUGCAAUAAUAGAAGGAAUACCAGCCGUUGAUGAUGUUAACAACACAAGUGUUAAAGAAAGAUUAUCUGAUGUAAGCAAUGUUGAGGAAACAAGAACGGUGAGAGAGAGGAGACCAAGUUCCAAAUUAUUAGAUUCUGUGGCAGUGACUAGCAGAAGUGCAAAGAGAAAUUGCUCCCCUAACUCUACUGAAAAAAUGCCAUGUGCAGGCCUUGUUGAUCAGCCAUCACUCUCUAGAGAAAAACCUGUUGUAAUGAUACUGAAAAUGAUUGCAUAUCUCAGACUGACACAUUAUUAUAUGCAGCCGAAAAGAAAAGAUCUUUAUGUACAGAGAACAAGACAGCCAAAAUUUCCAUCACUGAACAGGUGUCACCAGUGCCUUGUAAGAGAAAGCGACUUGUCUCCCUCUCGUGAAUGGCAUGGACGGGGAGCCAAGUUAAAGGCUCAGGUCCUCAUUCAGGAUCAACAAGCUGGAGUAACAGAUUCACAGAUAAUCCCACCUAAUACUGAUACAGCGACUCAUUCCAAAGAUACACCUGUCGCACGUACUGGUAAUGAGCCUCUCAGUCCCAGAAUUGUAAGAUCUGCAGACAAUGAAGCUCAAGAUGCUUGUUGCAGUCCACAGUCACAACAUACAAAUAUUGCUAGUUCUCCCACCAGUUUGAAAGUCUCCAAGUCACCAAGUUCUCCCACCAGUUUGAAAGUCUCCAAGUCACCAAGUUCGUCCACCAAGUAUUCUAAAGUCAUCAAGUCACCCAGUUCUCCAACCAAUCCUGAAGUCUCCAAGUCACCAAGUUCUCCCACCAGUUCCAAAGUCUCCAAGUCACCAAGUUCUCCCACCAGUUCGAAAGUCUCCAAGUCUCCAAGUUCUCCCACCAGUUCUAAAGUCAUCAAGUCACCCAGUUCUCCAACCAAUCCUGAAGUCUCCAAGUCACCAAGUUCUCCCAUCAGUCCUGAAGUCUCCAAGUCACCAAGUUCUCCAACCAAUCCUGAAGUCUCCAAGUCUCCAAGUUCUCCCACCAGUUCUAAAGUCAUCAAGUCACCAAGUUCUCCAACCAAUCCUGAAGUCUCCAAGUCACCAAGUUCUCCCACCAGUUCCAAAGUCAUCAAGUCACCCAGUUCUCCAACCAAUCAUGAGGUCUCCAAGUCACCAAGUUCUCCCACCAGUCCUGAAAUCUCCAAGUCACCGAGUUCUCCCUCCAGUCCUGAAAUCUCCAAGUCACCAAGUUCUCCCAUCAGUCCUGAAGUCACCAAAUCACCAAGUUCUUCAAGUCUCAAAGCCUCCAUAUCACCAAGUUCUGCUACAAGUCCUAAAGCCUCCAAGUCACCAAGUUCUCUUACAAGUCCCAAAGCCUCCAAGUCACCAAGUUCUCUUACAAGUCAUAAAGUCUCCAAGUCACCAAGUUCUCUUACAAAUCCCAAAGCCUCCAAGUCACCAAGUUCUCCUACAAGUCCCAAAGCCUCCAAGUCACCAAAAUCUUUACAAGACAGAGAAUGGCAGGCUAGAGGAGCUAAACUCAAAGCUCAAAUAAUGAUAAGUGAUCAGCAAAGCAGUAUAGGGGAAUACGAAGAAAAUAUUACCUCAGAGGCUCCUUGCAGUUUUGCAUCACCCCCCACCAAAAAAAUCAAGUUAGAUAAGUCGCCAGGAGCUAAUAGAGAUAUUCGUUCCUUCUUUACUGUUCAGAAAUCUCCAGUAAGUAAUAGCGAUGAAAAUAAAUGUCCAUUAAGCAGUCCCGUUCACUCGAGUACGUCAACAACUGCUGUCAACAUCAAAAAGAAAACAAAGAGUUCAAAUAUUAAAAAUGACAUAAGAUCAUUUUUCUCUCAUCUUGCAAGUGCAAAGAGAAAGUCAUCUUCACCACAUAAACCAUGCACCAAGGUUUUGAAAACAGAGGAACCCUCUGCAUCUAAAUCGCAUAAAAAGUCUCCACCAAAGAAACAAGAUGUUCAUGCUGUCCAUCUCCUGCGCAAAGAAUAUGAACUUUUGGAAAGUAGAGUGCAGCAGUUGGCUGUCUCUUCUCUUCCAGUUACUUCAUGCAACUUUGAAGGCUUUGACAGAUGUUCCCGGCAGUCGGGUCUCCGAGCCAAGUCUCUGAUGAGACUAGUGUCUUUGUUGAGCAUGAAAAGAUGGUAUCACUUGGGGAGGUUUCCUUUACCAGUAGAUCAUCUUUGUGAAUGGGAUGAUGAAUGGUUAAGUUACCUGAUCUUUGAUUCCAAAUAAUAGAUAGCAUUCAGAAACCAGUUACAGAUAGCUCUGCAGGAGAUUCUGGUUCUUGUUUCAUUUUCUUUUGUUCCUAUAUAUAUAUGUAAAUAAGUAUAUUUAGUGGAUGCUAAAUUUGUAGAGUUUAAUUUGGAAUGUAUCUUUGUAAUAAAUAAAGUAAUUGAAUUUCA